GCCAUCCCAUGCCGGAGGAUCCCGUGUCGUGCCAGUGCGCCCUCCGGGUCCUUCUUCGCCAGGGACAACACAGCUAACUUCCUGACCUGGUGUCGUCAGGUGGGGGUGGGAGAGACCUGCCUGUUUGAGUCUGAGGGACUGGUUCUUCACAAACAGCCACGGGAAGUAUGCCUCUGUCUCCUACAACUAGGAAGGAUAGCAUCUCGGUACAAUGUGGAGCCUCCGGGGCUUAUCAAGCUGGAGAAGGAGAUAGAACAGGAGGAGAAAGUACCUCUACCUCCACCCUCACCUGUCUCUCCCUCCCCWUCCCUSUCUCCAUCCCCUUCUCCAAACCCCACAACCCCCUCUGUGAAGCAUAUCUUUGAGGACCCUCCCUGCAAGUGUCCCAAUAAGUUCUGUGUGGAGAGACAGGCUCAGGGCCGCUAUCGCGUCGGAGAGAAGAUGCUCUUCAUCCGGGUGUGUGUGCCACCUCCUCGUCUUCCUUUUUAACGCACUUUCUCUGACACAA